AUGAGUAAUCUGCAAUGUAUCCUCAGAGCGCGUGGAAUCCCAUCAAAAAUAUGUUCAAGCUUCCUGGUCAAGCGUGUCUUCGAGAGAUAUCAAGGAGCAAGGAGACAACUCACAAGCCUCCCCAGCACCAAAAUAUACGCCGGCCAACAAUUCGAAGAGGAGACUCUCCCCUGGUACAGUCCUAGUCAGUUCUAUCCGGUUCUAGGGAAGCUCGGGUAUGAUACCGGCUUUGUCGCCAUAAGGGUUUGUGCCCGAAACACCGAUCGUUCUGGACGGGUCCACCGGGAGCUACAAUUCUACCACCACGUCAGUUCGCUUGGUUCACAGCACUGUGGCCAACGCCUCAUCUGUGGUCUCUUUGAAAUGUUCGAGAUCUCGGGCUCGUCUUCCCAGCACCUCUGUCUGGUUCAUCCCUCAAUGCACAUGAUUGUCCAGGAGCUCCAGUACAAGAAUCAAUCGCAUCGGUUGAACCAAGAACUCUUGAAGUGGAUGUUUGUCCACUUACUCAACGCUCUCUCCUUUCUGCACGAUGAAGCCAAGGUGGUACAAGCCGAUAUCAAUCCACCGAAUAUUAUGUUAACAACCGAUGCUGAGGAUCCCUCUCCCACGAAUGUCAUCGACAAUGGCCAACCAGCACUGUGUGGUUUUGGAGAAGCUCGAAUCGAGGGUUCUCACAGAGGUCUAGUCGUGCCCGAGCUAUACCGUACCCCAGAGGUGUUGUUUGAAAUGGAAUGGGGCGCCAGUGCUGAUAUCUGGAACGUUGCUGUCUCAAAUCGGCAUUUGUUCGCCGCAGUAGAUGAAAACUUGGAAUCGUUGGCAACCCACCACUUCGCGGAAAUGGAUCGAUAUCUUGGGCUACCUUCUCUGGAGUACAUACAAAUAAGUACAAUCACGAAGAGCAUUUUUGACGAACGAGGCUCGGUUUUCCUACACCUUUCCUUUGAUGCCGCCGUAUCUGUCCUGGAUAGUGAAACUAAAGAGCAGUUUCCCAAUUUCAUAGGCUCAAUGCUCAAAUGCCUACCAGAGCAGAGAAAGCAAGCCUCAGAACUCCUCAAAGAUCCAUGGAUGGCUGUACCAUCAAGAUAGAUAAGGCGCCUUGAACGGCAUGAUAUUCAGUUCCGUACUUCGUCUCAAAUACCUCCGGAUCCUUCUUACGUCGAAGGGAUAACAGUAUGAUUAAAC